AUGCCAUCCCGUUGGCACCCACCAGGGUUCACCUCAUCUACACCAGGCUCAGCCGCUUCUUCUCGGCCAUCCUCCAGAGCUUCUUCACCUACCAGGAAUGGUCCAGCAUCGCGACCUUCUCACAUCACCUUACCUGGACGAAGACGCGAGGGAACAGUGGAUUCUGGUGAUCCCUUAUCAGACUAUUUCUCUGGCUCGUAUGGUAGUCAUUCCGGCUUAGACACUCCCAGUUCAGCGUCCGGUUCAGCGUGGGGAGGGCUGAUCACGCCAAGUUCCUCAACACCGGGACUGAUAACUCCCGGUGGUACUUCGCACGCUCCACAUAUUGAGAUCAUACUGGAUUCAGAUCAUUUAGUCAUGCGAGGUGCAGGAGGGGAUAUGAAUCCUGCUUAUCUAUCUGGAAGAGUGGAAUUAGAUCUACCUCAAGCGAUCAAUCUGAAGGAGUUGACAAUGCACAUGACGGGGAAAGCAAAGGUUCAGUUCUCAGAUAGUUCAGGAACAUCCUCGAAGAGUCACCACUUCACCCAUGUCUUCACCACCCACGAUUGGUCUUUCUUGCAAGGCGGCAAAGGUCACGCGCACACGCUCAAAGCAGGGCAUCAUUCCUUCCCAUUUUCUUUCAUGUUGAACGGCAAUCUCCCCUCAACACUUCGUACAUACUCCAGCGACGCUAUCAUCGUGUACAAACUCCGCGCCACAGGUGUCAGAACGGGUUUUGCCAGUAACAUUUCCACCCAAAAGGAGUUCACCCUUGCUAGGAUGUACACCUCGGACGCACUCGAGUUCACCCAAACGCUGGAAAUCGAAAACACCUGGCCUGGAAAGGUCAUGUACUCGCUUACAUUGCCAUACAAGGCUUAUGCGGCUGGAGAUGAGAUACCUGUCAAUGUCAAGUUCAUGCCUUUAGCUAAGGGAACCAGAGUCACGCAGGUGGUGUCGGUGUUGAAGGAAUACACUUUAGUACAUACGAGACAUUCUUCUCGUCCCGAAACGAGAGUGUUGAGUUGCGUCAAGCACGAGAUGCGUCAAGGUAGAGCUGUCGAGGUUGCUCGAGAACCCGUCAGACCUCCCUCACACUGGUAUGAUGCCAUCCCCGCUAAUCCAAGUCUCACAACCUCAAGACAUUCUAGUCCCGCUCAGACACCGGUGGUAGGCUCCCGGGCAAGAUUAGCACCUACGUGGGGUGAACGACCUGACGAUUCCUAUUUCCCCGGUCCAGCUGAGGUUACGAAUGGAGACGGUAGUAGUAAUGGGAACGCUCAAGCUGGGCCAUCCAACUCGUCAACUCACGAAUCGAUCUCAACGGAAGAGACGGAUAUCGAAAUUGGAGAUGAUGAGAUCAACACUCACUUUUCCAUACCUAUCCCCAACUGGGUUACACCUUCCCAUGCUAUCCAUCCCGUUUUCGUAACUCACAAGAUCAAAUGGUCAUGCUCGAUAUCCAAUCCCGACGGACAUGUUUCAGAAUUACGAUGUGCGUUGCCUAUCUUGAUAUUGGAUCAUAGUCUAUAUGACGAAGCGAGAGCUGCCGGAGCCAGUACGAGGGGAUUGUUGUUUGGGCAAACUACUGAAGAGCCUCAGGUGGAUCUACCAAGUUAUAGUAAUCACGUAUAUGAUCGUAUCGCGAUUGCGGAUUCCGGUACGACAUCUGGCUUUAUGCCUCGAUCAUUGGGAGCUACACCCUUACCUUCACCUCACGACGAUACACCGCCCAGUAGGAGUAGACCACCCUCUCGACCCGCUUCGCCUAUCAGACAUCAAAGUUACGGUGCGACCUCUACUUCGUCUCGAAGUGGCGAGCCGACGCCUGCCACGGACGUUCCACCAAGAAGACAAUUGAGUCAAUGGGCGGAUAGCGAGCUGCUCAUGUCCCUAGGAGCAUUACGAACUCAUUCAAAUGAAACUUCGCCUAAUGCUACUCCACCAGAUUCACGAGGACCGUCGAGACCGUUAAGUAGGAGAAACUCUUUCACCCGAUCGGGAAGAAGCAGUAGGACAGGAUCGAGAGCGAACUCUAGGGCGUCAUCGCCCGAGAGAGGUGCAGGGCAUAGCCAACCGGGUUCAAACUCUGGUAGUUACGCUGAAGAAUCGAAUGUUAGACCAGGUAGUGAAAGAAGGAACACAGGUGGUCUACAUGGGUUGUUUCAUCUACAGAAGAAUAUUCGACCCUUGUCUCAUCUCAAUGGUGGCCGACCGAUCCUCAAAGGUUCAAAUGCGAAUAACGACAGUAAUAGUAUACCGCGUAACGCAUCUUAUUCAGGUGGACUGAGCAGUUCCCACUCUUUGACCAACGGUCAUGGCAAUGAACGAUCGCACGUGUCUUUCGCACCGCACGCGAACGUCGUAUCGAACGGUCCACCUCGAUUUUCAAUUGGUGGUGCCGACGGUGAUGAAGAGGAUGGAGAGGAGGAGGAAGAAGAAGAUGUAGAUCCACUAUCCAGAGUACCUUCUUACGCUAUAGCUUCAAGAGGUUUCCUAGGUGGUGGAGUCGUUCCCUUGGAUGUCGCGUUGCCCACGUACGACGCUUCGGAGGAUAUGCAGAGGACCAGAAGUGCGACGGAUCUGACCAAUAACAAUAGUGGAUUAAUCAGACCUAGAAGUGACACGGCGUUGGUGCAGCUUGGUGCUCAGGCGGCUGCUGAUGCAGAGGAAAGAGCGGGUGAGGAAAAUGCAGCGGCAUAG